CAAGGCGCCCACAUCUAAAAAAAGAACUCUGCUACCUGCGCCUAGGGGUUCCGCCCUCAUGACCGUCGCCGAGCCGGAGAUGCCGGCGUCGGAGCGCAGGCUCGUGGCCCUCGCCAGGUGGGACGCGCUCAUCUUCCUUUAUUACGGGAUCGUGUGGGUCGGCACCGCGGCGUCCCUCGCCAAGGUCAUCGCGCGCCGCGCUCUGGGCGAGGUCGAGGUCGAGGGUUCCGCCGUGCUCGCGGCGGCGUCCUGGCUCUCCCACCACUCCCUUAUCUUCGCUGCUCUGUUCACCCCCGUUGCCUUGAUUCUCGUCGGCGCCACCGGAGUGCGCUCCGCGCACAACACCAGGAAGGAUAUCAAAGAGCCCCCGAAAUCUCUUCACCAGGUUGUGCAAAUGAUGCUCAAGGAUCCUGUCAUUGUUGGAGCGCUCGUUUUGCUGGUCUUCCUCCCGCUCAUAAGUCAUGACGAUUUGGUGGUUGGUCUGUUGCCUGUGAAAAGAUAUCAGAGGGAACAUGUUCGUUCAGUAUUGAGGGAUGUGGGGUCGUUGGGUGUCGGCGCAGUAUUUUGUUUCAUCAUGUUACCCACUACGGUGCUGAGGCAGUGGAGGAUGAAGUAGAGAGUUAUGUGGAUGUCCUGUUGAGGUAUAUACCCUGCCCUCUUCUCUGUUCUCCUAUUGGCGUCACAUUAUAUGUUUUUUUUAUAAGCCUACUGUUUCUAGUUUGGUGAAUAUCCUGAUAACUUGUGAGCUUUUCAUUUGUGCCCCUAUCAUUUAUAAAUGUAAAUGAUUAACACUUAUUGGUGUUGAUAACUUUAUACCAAAACAUUUUGUGGUACAUCCCAGUUAGACCUACGAGAAAGUUUGGUUUCUUGGCUUGUUGAUAGAUGUUAGCUUUCUUAAAAGUAUUUGCAGUUAACACUGAUCUUGUUUGGUACACGUCGCUGUUUGACCAAUCAGAUCCAUAUGGAGAGAUCAUUAGUGGAAACCUAGCAUGCAUUCUCCAUGUUCAGUCAUUCCCAUGCUUAUUAUGAUCGGGCAGCUUUGACUUUGAAUUUUAUCCACCGAAACCCACUAAGUGGCAGGCCUCAAAUUUCAAAGGGUUGGAUCGUGGGGUAUCGCCAAUUUAAUUGCAUUAUCUUGUUAUUUAUCUGCGUUUGUUUUCUGUUACAUAUAAACUUAUUGCAUUGCUUUAGUGAAGAUACAAAUAGAAAUUAAAUUGGACUACUCAAGUAAUCCAUGAUGGUAAUAUUAUAGAACUCACCCUUCAUUUAUUCCGCAGCUAAUAUAUACUUGCAUGUGGUGUUGUUCCAUGACAUUUUUGUCGAAGUGCAUUCGAAAACACAUGUCAAUGUUGUAGUAAGAUUUUCUUCUCUUUCAUGGGUUAUCAGUGCCCCUUUAUCCCAAAGUAACUUGAGCCCCUUUAUUUCCCCAAAAGCAACUUGUAUCGCAAGAGCAAUUUGUAACAAAUAUUUUUGAUAGUUUAUAUGAUCAUUUGUUAAUUAUAGUGGUGCUUCUUGUGCAAUAAAACUGAAAAAUACCACUGUUGGGGAGUCAA